AUGGCUACGGGUUUCGCCAAAGAUCAGCCGGCAGGGUCUAAGAAUUACGUUGAAAACAUUGCCGUUGUCGGUGCUGGAGGUCAAGUCGGCAAAUUCGUCGUUGAGGCCCUCCUGGCAAAUGGCAAACACAAAAUCACCGCGCUCACCCGUGAAGGGAGCAAGAAUGUCAUUCCUGACGGAGUGAGCAUUAAGAAGAUUGACUACGCCAACCCCAGCACCAUCGUCGAGGCUCUCAAGGGUCAAGAUGUGCUGGUCUACACCCUCGCCGUGACAGCAACCAAUGAAGCCGAGAUCCUCCAACAGGCCGCUGCUGACGCUGGAGUGAAGUGGAUCUUGCCGAAUGAGUUUGGAAGUAACAGCAAUAACCCCGAGGUCAACAAGGACGUUCCCCUUGGACUUGCCAAGACCAAGCUCCGGCAGCAUAUUGAGGGCUUGGGAGUCAGCUCGUGGAUUGGUAUAGCGUGCGGUUUCUGGUAUGAAUAUAGUUUGUCGGCCGGCCCAUGGUCGUAUGGAUUCGACAUCAAGAAUCGCGCUGUUACAUUCUAUGACGACGGCACACAGCGACUCAACACUAGUACCUGGCUACAGACGGCUCGGGGUGUAGCAAAUCUGCUCGCGCUCAAGGUGCUUCCGGACGAUGAGAAUGACAAGAGCCCGCACCUGUCACAGUUCAAGAAUGACUUUGUCUAUAUCUCAUCUUUCAAACUCAACCAGCAGGAGAUUUUUGAAUCUGUUUUGAGAGUCACCGGCACAACUCGAGAUGACUGGACGAUCACCAACCAGCCGGUCAAGGAGCGGUUCGCUGUUGGUCAGCAAAUGCUCCAGUCUGGAAACCGAUCAGGUUUUGGCUUGAUGCUGUACUCCCGCAUGUUUUACCCUGAUGGACCGUGUCUGCACCCACGCGAUGACAAUGUAGUCUUGGGUUUGCCACAGGAGGAUCUAGAUGAGCGUACAGCUGUUGCGGUCAAGAUGGUCGAGGAGGAAUACUUUGAGAAACACGUUGUUCCGCGUGUUAGUGGUAACUGA